AUGGCCAACUUCAUAUUUUACUUGAAAUUUUACGUGCGGCCAUCUGCCAUCGAGCUGAAGCAACUGAUUCGAGAUGCCCGAGAUGAAAUUGACUCGUUAAAUAUUGAAUUUAAAAAAUUCCGGAUCGAUUUCACGAAACUGCGACGUACUUCUCUGGAUGAACUGCAGUCGACGUGUUCAAAUAAUAAUGGUGGUGAUGAUAUUAUCGGGAAUAUUUGUGAAAAAGUAGAAAACUUAUUGAACAGUAUCGAUCAAACAUUACCGAUCAGUGAUUUGGUGACUGCUGAGGUUGGUUUUUUUGAUUUGAUCCGUAUUGAUUGA